AUGUCACCAGGAGAAAAACUGGACCCACUUCCUGACACCUUCAUCCUACAGCCGCCUGUCUUCCACCCGAUUGUUCCGUAUGUCACGACAAUUUUCGGUGGCCUGCGGGCAGGCAAGAUGGUCAUGCUCCAGGGAGUGGUCCCUCUCAAUGCACGCAGGUUCCAGGUAGACUUCCAGUGCGGCUGCAGCCUGUACCCCCGGCCAGACAUCGCCAUCCACUUCAACCCCCGCUUGCACACCGCCAAGCCCCAUGUCAUCUGUAACACCCUGUACCUCGAACGCUGGCAGACCGAGGCCCGGUGGCCCCACGUGGACCUGCAGAGAGGAGCCAGCUUCUUCCUCCUCUUUCUCUUCGGAAAUGAGGAAAUGAAGGUGAGCGUGAAUGGGCAGCACUUUCUCCACUACCGCUACCGGCUCCCACUGUCCCGUGUGGACACCCUGGGGAUAUUCGGUGACAUCUUGGUGGAGGCCGUUGGAUUCCUGAACAUCAACCCAUUUCCAGAGGGCAGUAGCGAGUAUCCAGUUGGAUAUCCCUUCCUGCUGAAGAGCCCCAGCCUGGAGGUGCCCUGCUCGCGGGCCCUUCCCAAGGGUCUCUGGCCGGGACAGGUCAUCGUUCUGCGGGGGCUGGUCUUGCCAGAGCCAAAGGACUUCACGCUGAGCCUGCGGGACGAGGCGGCUCACGUUCCCGUGACGCUCAGGGCUUCCUUCGCAGACAGAACUCUGGCCUGGAUCUCGCCCUGGGGGUGCAAGAAGCUGAUCUCAGCCCCCUUCGUGUUCUACCCCCGGCGAUUCUUCGAGGUGCUGCUCCUAUGCGAGGAGGGAGGGCUGAAGCUAGCGCUCAAUGGGCAGGGCCUGGGGGCCACCAGUGUGCACCAUCGGGUCCUGGAGCGGCUGCGGGAGCUCCGGGUCAGUGGCAGCGUCCAGCUCUACUGUGUUCAUUACUGA